GUGAUGUGGCUGUUUCUAACAACAACCUAUUUGAUUUGUGGAACUUUAAAUGCUGGUGGAUUCUUUAAUUUGGAGAAAGAAGCAAAUCCUGAAGUGUGGAUGAAUAUUAGUGAAAUCAUCACCUACAAUGGCUACCCCAGUGAGGAGUACGAAGUCACCACUCAAGAUGGGUACAUACUCAGUGUCAACAGAAUCCCCCAUGGACGAAGAGACAAUAGGAGCACAGGUGCCCAGCCAGUUGUAUACUUGCAGCAUGCUCUGUUUGCAGACAGUGCCUCCUGGCUUGAGAAUUACGCCAAUGGCAGCCUUGGAUUCCUUCUAGCAGAUGCAGGUUACGAUGUAUGGAUGGGAAACAGUCGGGGCAACACUUGGUCAAGGAGACACAAAACACUCUCAGUGAAUGAAGAGGAAUUCUGGGCCUUUAGCUUUGAUGAAAUGGCCAAAUAUGAUCUCCCAGGAAUAAUAGACUUCAUUGUAAACAAAACUGGUCAAGAGAAGUUGUAUUUCAUUGGACAUUCACUUGGUACUACAAUAGGGUUUGCAGCCUUUGCCACCAUGCCUGAACUGGCACAAAGAAUCAAAAUGAAUUUUGCCUUGAGUCCUGUGAUCUCUUUCAAAUACCCCACGGGCAUUUUUACCAGUUUUUUCCUACUUCCAAGUUCCUCAGUCAAGAGUAUUUUUGGUACCAAAGGUUUCUUUUUAGGAGAUAAAACAGGCAAGUCACCUUCUACCAAAAUCUGCAACAAUAAAAUAUUAUGGGUGAUAUGCAUUGAAUUUAUGUCUUUAUGGGCCGGAUUCAACAUGAAAAAUGUGAACGUGAGCCGAAUGGAUGUGUAUAUGUCCCAUGCUCCCACUGGAUCGUCGAUACAGAACAUCCUGCAUAUAAAACAGCUUUACGGAUCUGAUGAAUUCAGAGCUUAUGACUGGGGAAGUGAAGCAGAGAACAUGCAUCAUUACAAUCAGAGUCGUCCCCCACUAUAUGACCUGACUGCCAUGAAAGUGCCUACUGCUAUUUGGGUUGGUGGAAGUGAUGUCCUUAUAACACCCCAGGAUGUAACCAGGGUACUCCCCCAAAUCAGGAAUCUCCAUUACUUCAACCUAUUGCCAGAUUGGAACCACUUUGAUUUCAUCUGGGGCCUCGAUGCUGCUCAACGGGUGUACAGUAAAAUCAUAGAUUUGAUGAAGUCAUUUCCCUGA